UAUAUCAAAGCGUCGCGGGCAAGAUUAUAUGACAGUCGGCAUAAAACAGUGAAUCGUGGUAUUUCGCUUUUUUUUCCACUACCGCUAUUUGUGAAUCUUGCACGGUAGCAAUGAAAAAAGCGCUAUUAUUAUUGUCGGUCCUGUUCUUUGUAGCAGGAUUUGUUAAAGCAGAAAAUUUGGAGGAGGAUGUUGGAACCGUGGAAAACGAUUUGGGUGCCAGCCGUGAAGGAUCUCGUACUGAUAAUGAAGUAGUUCAAAGGGAGGAGGAAGCAAUCAAAUUAGAUGGAUUAAAUGUUGCUCAAGUAAAGGAACUUCGAGAAAAAGCUGAGAAGUUCAUGUUCCAAACUGAGGUCAAUCGUAUCAUGAAACUUAUCAUCAACUCUUUGUAUCGCAAUAAAGAUAUCUUCCUAAGGGAGUUGAUAUCCAACGCAUCAGACGCAUUAGAUAAAAUCAGACUGCUCUCGCUUACUGAUAAAAAUGUCUUGGAUACCAAUCCAGAGUUGGCAAUUUGGAUAAAAUCCGACAAAGAGAACAAGAUAUUGAGCAUAACUGACUCUGGUAUUGGUAUGACCAAGAAUGAGUUGAUCAACAAUCUUGGAACCAUUGCAAAGUCAGGAACAGCUGAGUUCUUAAGCAAAAUGCAAGAUACUUCCAACAAUCAAGAUCUGAAUGAUAUGAUCGGCCAAUUCGGGGUUGGUUUUUAUUCUGCAUUCCUGGUUUCCCACACAGUAGUUGUUACUUCAAAACAUAAUGACGAUAAGCAAUAUAUCUGGGAAUCUGAUAGUAGCAGCUACAGUAUUGUAGAACAUCCUAAAGGAGACACAUUGAAGAGAGGAACUAGAGUAAGCUUGCAUUUGAAAGAUGAGGCAUUGGAUUUCCUAGAGGAGGAUACCAUUAAAAAUCUUGUAAAGAAAUACUCGCAAUUCAUCAAUUUCCCUAUCUAUCUCUGGAGUAGCAAGGUCGUUCAGGUAGACGAAGAUGACGUGGAUGAGAACGUUCCAGCUUCUAAGGAAGAUGAGAGUAAGAAAGAAGAGUCUGAAGACAAGGUGGACGAAGAGGAAGAUGCAAAAGUAGAAGACGCAGAGGAAGAGAAAAAGACGAAGAAGGUUGAUAAAACUAUUUGGGAUUGGGAGCUUUUGAAUGAUUCUAAACCGAUAUGGACUCUGAAGCCGUCUGAAGUCGAGGACAAAGAUUACAAUGACUUUUAUAAGGCAUUGACAAAGGACACUCAGGAUCCUCUAGCAAAGAUUCACUUCGUAGCAGAGGGUGAAGUCACCUUCAAGUCUCUUCUCUUCAUCCCUAAAGUACAACCAAGUGACAGCUUCAAUCGUUAUGGCACUAAAGCAGACAAUAUCAAAUUGUACGUCAGGAGAGUUUUCAUUACAGAUAAAUUCACAGAUAUGAUGCCCAACUAUUUGUCCUUCAUUCGUGGUAUCGUCGAUAGCGACGACUUGCCAUUGAACGUCUCUCGUGAGAAUCUGCAGCAGCACAAACUUAUCAAAGUAAUUAAAAAGAAGCUAAUUAGAAAGGUGUUGGAUAUGAUCAAAAAGAUUCCCAAGGACGAUUACGAAAAAUUCUGGAAAGAGUACAGUACCAACAUCAAACUGGGUGUGAUCGAAGAUGCACAGAAUAGAGCUAGAUUGUCCAAACUCCUGUUGUUCCAGUCCUCCAUACAGAAAGGCGCUACGUCACUGUCAGAGUAUGUGUCUCGAAUGAAGCCUAAUCAACAGUACAUUUAUUACAUUGCUGGUUCUUCCGAAGAGGAAGUGAAAAAGUCACCAUUCGUAGAAAGAUUAGAUAAGAAAGGAUAUGAGGUUUUGUACCUUACCGAAGCUGUUGACGAAUAUGCCAUUUCUGCUCUCCCUGAAUUUGAUGGCAAGAAGUUCCAGAACGUAGCCAAGGAAGGCUUCUCGCUUGACGAGGGAAAGAAGGCCAAGGAGAGGAUGGAACAAUUGAAAACUACCUUCGAACCACUGGUCAAGUGGUUGAAUGAUAUUCUAAAGGAUCAGAUCAGCAAGACUCAAGUAUCUGAACGUCUCACGGACUCGCCGUGUGCCCUAGUUGCUAGUAUGUUCGGAUGGACAGGUAACAUGGAGAGACUGGCCAUUUCAAACGCUCAUCAGAAGACUGACGACCCACAGAAAAAUUACUACUUAAACCAGAAAAAGACCUUAGAAAUCAAUCCGAGGCAUCCGCUUAUUAGGGAACUUCUGCACAGAGUGGAAAUUGAUAGCACUGAUCAGACAGCUAAGGAUAUCGCGUUAAUGAUGUUCAGAACGGCUACCCUUCGAUCUGGCUACAUGCUCAGAGAAACUGCCAGUUUUGCUGACAGUGUGGAACAGCUGAUGAGAAAGACCUUAGGCAUUUCUCUAGACGAAGUUCCUGAAGAAGAAGAGCUGCUGGAGGAAGAAUCCAGCUCGACGGAGAAACAAGAAUCGGAGAAGGUCGUAGAUAUAGAUGCGAACGAAGAUGAACAAGACGAAGAAAAACACGAUGAAUUAUAAUCGAGAAUUGUAUCACACGUUAGAUUAUAAUUUUCUAGUUGUAUGGCUAUACAAUGUAUAGUGAUCAUUAUCAUUGAAGGUGCAACUGUGUUGUUGCGAGCAAGAUAAAUUAUUGUACAUA